AUGGCUGCCGCGAAGACGGGAGUGAAACCCGUCUCGGGGGCAAGCGGCCCAGUAAGAGUUGGAUAUUAUGAAAUGGAACGAACAAUCGGCAAGGGGAAUUUUGCCGUUGUUAAAUUAGCUACUCACAUCGUUACAAAGACAAAGGUAGCAAUCAAGAUCAUAGAUAAAACACAACUAGAUGAGGAUAAUUUAAAGAAAAUUUACCGUGAAAUACAAAUAAUGAAAUUAUUAAAACAUCCUCACAUUAUUCGUUUAUAUCAGGUUAUGGAAACAGAAAGAAUGUUAUAUUUAGUAACAGAAUAUGCCAGUGGGGGAGAAAUAUUUGACCAUUUAGUAGCCCAUGGUAGAAUGAAUGAGAAAGAAGCUAGAAAAAAAUUUAAACAGAUAGUAGCUGCUGUAGCUUAUUGUCACAGUCGACAAGUUGUACAUAGAGAUCUUAAAGCUGAAAAUUUACUUCUUGAUGCCAAUUUAAAUAUAAAAAUAGCAGAUUUUGGUUUUAGUAAUUAUUUUUCUUCAAAUGGUAAAUUAAAAACAUGGUGUGGUAGUCCACCCUAUGCUGCUCCUGAAUUAUUUGAAGGCAAAGAAUAUGAUGCUCCUAAAGUAGAUAUUUGGAGUAUGGGAGUAGUACUGUAUGUUUUGGUGUGUGGUGCUCUACCAUUUGAUGGAAGUACUUUACAGAGUUUAAGGGCCCGUGUUCUCAGUGGAAAAUAUCGCAUUCCAUUUUUUAUGUCUACUGAUUGUGAGUUAUUAAUACGAGGUAUGUUAAUUGUUGAUCCUAGUAAAAGAUUUAAUAUGGAUAAGAUUAUUCAUCAUACAUGGAUGACGUCUGGUGCUGAUGAAACUGAUGAUUUUAGUGAUUUAGUAUCUCAGUAUAAUAUAUUUACUGAUAGUAAUGCUGAUAUUGAUGAUAUUAGUGACGAGAUCCUCAAUUUUAUGGAACAGAUGGGUAUGGACCGAGAAAAAACUAUUAAGUCUAUAGAAGACCAUAGUUACGAUCAUCACAGUGCCAUCUACCAUUUGUUGUUAGAUAGAUAUCGUAAACAUCCAACUAAAACACUAUCUAAUCGACUCCCUCACACUGUUUUACCACUAGCUACUAGAACAGAAAGACGGUCUAGUAUUACUACUGGUGUAGGUAAGUCAUCCCUUGUAACACCACAAUGUAUCCAGUAUCUUUUGGUAAAAAUGUGA